AUGCGGCCUGAUCCGCCGGGUGGACCCUCGUUUACCGGAGGGAGCCCAGUCGAAGGGUUCGGGAGCCCUGGGCCGCUGUUUUACCUCUCUCUCUUUUUCCUCCAAGGUGGGGGCAUGGAUCUCUCCAAGGUCGGGGGGAAGCUUCUUAAUUCCGUUCGGUCGGCGAGAUCCCUUGGCUUCCUACCUGCUCCAUCCGAUCGGCCUGAGGUAAGGUCAUGCUAAUUUUCGGGGAAUAUUGCCCUAUUUACCUGUAGUCGAUGCGUUUCGAUACGAGUUGAUGGGUAUGUUCUAAGUGUCUUCAAUCGAGGGGGUAAAUUAAUGGUCAAAAGAUGGCAAAAUACAAGGUAAGCUCAGCUUUUACAUUUUUCAUGAUCGAGAGAUUUGUUUCCCUCACUCUCGACUUGGCACUUUCACUAGUGCCAUGAUUCAUUUGGCAACGAUUAUUUGCUCUUUGGCUACAGCUCCGCACUCAGUGGCAAGCACAUGGCCGUUAGACGAACUGACCCAGGAGUCGCCAAUUAAACACGUCAUGCAUGCCCUAGAUCACUAGAAACUUCCCGAGUGAGAAUUCUGCUUAGGAUAUCUUUUUCAUCUUCCCAAAUAAUGCGAUAAUUCACCUAUGUUUCCAAGUACAUUAUGGGACCUUUUUAUUGAAAGAAAAUAUGAUCUAUUGAAUAUCAAAAAUAAAGGAAGGGAUAAAUACAGUCAUGCAUAAUGUUUCAACAAAUUUCACAUUACGAAGUUUUCGCUGACAGCCUCCAGGAUAAGCUAGAUAUUCAAAAGAAUAACCCCGAACUGAAUUUAAGCAAAUCAGGACAAGCUCCAGUUUUCAUAAAAAAAUUGUUCAUUAUUGAGACCAGAGUCUCGACCAGAUUCAGAUAUGAGUUGUGCCUAUGCUACUCAAGAUGUGUAUUUAGAUAAAUGAAGUAAAAAUUGUGUUGUAAGACAGGGGACAUGAUUUGAGGUGCACAGGCAGUUGCCUUUUAAUGAUUUAUAAUUUUAUGCAAAGUUGUCAUCUCUUUCGGUACAUUGUUAACAUUUUUUGACAUUUUCACUUUUGUGAUACAUAGUAUGGACAUAUUUGGACCUUUAAGCGCCUACCAUUGAAUUACAUUAUUUUGAACCAUUUAUCCCUUCUUAAUUGUUCUCUGCUGUUUAUCUUUCUUUCGUUUUGAUUUCGCUGAAUGCCUCCUAAAAAAACAUUUUUCUGUUUAACAACAUCCCUAUGAUUUAACUUUGAAAGAUUUUUUUUUCGUUAUUUUACCAGUGGAGUUUGUCCGCCCAUGGUCUCUGGAUUACGUUGCCAUGUAAUUCUAUUUGAGAUUCUCCGUGUCAUGCCUACCCAUGUAUUUGAUACAUUGUUUUGAAGGCUUAGGCAACAUCUUUCUGACCAUGGUGAGGAUUCCUGCAAAUAUAAUUCAGUGUCAGUUAUAUUCUUUGUUUUCUAUUUGGAUACUGUCGUCUCAAAUUUGUGUGCACGCAUUGAAUAUUUCUCUUAGCAUAUCGGUUUAUUCCUUGCCAUACAUUACUAUGUUUCUCCAAAUACGAGUGCAGGAUCACCUGAGAUGCUCACCUAUGAUAAUGAUCCUUUAAAGCUUUUCAGAAGCAUGUGCGACAUGCAGAUGGGCUAUAAUUAUCCUAUCCUGUACACGAAGCAUCUAGUUUUGAAUGAAUCCUUAAACACAAGGAUUGUUUUGUCUCAAGUUGACAUAUUAACAUAUAUAGAUCAAGGGAAAAUAAUGAGAAGUCAUACAGAGAAAUGUAAAAGGGAAAUAUCUUUGACAUAGCAAAUAAGGAUUCUCACGGUUCUUUCCUGGAAUGGGAAAUAUCAGCGGACAUGCAGAAACACAUAAAUGCUCCAUCUUUGUUUCUCACUCAUUACAUCUGACAGUGACCAGCUUUCUGACAAAACACACACCAUAGAGACUUAAAUGCCUUUGAAGUAAUGCGUUUUUUAUCUUUUGCGACAGGUCCCAGCUCGUGCAGCUGCAGCUGCCGCUGUUGCACGUGCUCUUGCUGGAAUCCCCCCACAUCAAAGACAGAACCUCUCGUCAAGUUCUGAAGAGCUGAUUUCUAUUUAUGGUGGCCGAACUCCCGGUCAAAUUACAGUUGAUCUAGAGGAGGAAUUCUAUGAAGAGGUUGUCCUUUCUUGUGCCUGUAUGAUCUAGCUUAAUCUCACAGGCAUUGGGAAUGAUCAUAUCUCACUAACUCAGUCUUCUCUUUCUGUAUCCCUUGUUGAUCACUUCAAAAAAAAGAUUCAAGGAAAUUUGUUAUUUUCUAUCUGAUGCUUGAUUGAUAUUUUCUUGACAAUGGGCUUAUAACAUUACAUUUCUAGAACCUUUGCUUUUGCCCUAGUUUUUGUUAAAACAUAGUCAAUCAUUUCUAAUUUUCAACCUUCUGUUGGAUUAUGCGAGUUUUUUAGUUAAUUUUGUGAUAAACAUCGUUAUUUCUUUUCUGUUAAGAAGACAGUUAUUUUUACAAAACAAUGUGUGGCGUUUGGAGGAAAAGUAGUUUUCCAAUAGAACUGAUGAUCCAAUUGAUGUGCUGCUAGUGAUGCUAGGUCUCUCUGUAAAUUUAUAUGUGGGAGGUUGAAUAGCGGCUUGGUAGUUGCCUGUAAUGGUAUUUUCCUGGAAAAGAGUAGUCUCUGGUUGUAAACAAGUAGGUGUCCAAUGUACUGAAGGCUGGGAAUUUUUUUUCUUCUUUGAAAAGUAUAGGUUUCACAUCCAUGUUGAAUGUACGCCCGUCCUUUAAUUAAUGAAUCACUGGACAUGAAUCAUAUUAAAUCAGAACCAUAAUCCUUAUAGUGGCUGUAGUUAUGUAUAAUUCGACAAAGUACUCUGGCUUUUUCAGACAUGUAAUAUCAAAAAGGAAGAGUGGUAUCAAUCCAAGAAAACUUCUGGUUUACAACAACGAGUUUUUUACCUUGUGUGUGAGUUGUGGGAGGUGAAGAGAGUGUCACUUGGACAUCAUACUCUAAAAGUGAGAAAAAUCUCUAUUUAUCAUGCUGGUGCUUUAUUCAAUAAGAGAUCAAUCAUCUAAUCUUCCAUGAUUCGGCCCCUGGAUCUUGUCUGAAUGAAUUUUAUAGGUUUUCUAACAGAUAUUCACCCAUCCAUAUUCUGAUUAGUAUUGUUAUAAAAACAUUCUUUUUGUUCUUUUCGAGGCACCUAUUAUUUGAUAUUUCAUGUUUAUAUAAUGUGAAUAUUACAUGUUUCACGAUCUCAACUCUUGAUUUCCUUGUUUAAACGCAUGAAACGUUUAUAUGAUGCUGACUUUAGUUUUCCUAUAUUUAUACGGUUAAAUCAUUGCCUUGUUACAUCAUGCAGAACUUUGACCCAGUGAAGCAUAUUCUGGAACAUAUUCCUUCUGAAGAGGCUGAUCUACAAUAUUUUGAGAAGCAGGUACGACACAAUCAGGAACCGCUUCUGUUUUUGAUUCACUCGCUGGAUGCUACUGUUUACUUCUCUUAGGCCACCUAUUAAAUGAGGUUUGAUAAUUCUAGUUAUUGUCCGAAAUCUUUUGAAACCUUUAUGCCUAAGAUAUGCAGCCUUAAACAGUAAAUAAAUCCUGAUUAUUCAUAAUAUACGACAUUUCUUAUACUUUUUUAUGAAAGUAUGGAUAUGCCACAAAAUGCGUCAAAGAAAAGAUACAUGAGAAUAUGAGAUGUUCUACCUCAUUCGUUGAAACUACUUUUCAAAGAGGAGAUUUCACUUUAAUUUAUAUGCAGAUUUAUAUGCUCUGUCAUAAUAUUACUCGAGAUUAGACGAACCUUUGAGAAGCUAGUUUAUUUCACUGUCAGUUUCAUGCUUGCUAGUGUAAUCUCUGCCAUCAUUUCUCCUCAUACUUUCCAUUCAGUAGGUUUCUGGGCCUGGAAUCUUUGACCUGAACCUGCUAUUUUUAAAUUAGAGAACAUGUGGACCAGAGAAAGGUGCCCCGUUGAAGAAUGUCAAAACAACUCAUUGUUGCGCCAGACCCUACUUCUUUCCCCUUCAUUAAUGCACUUAGGGAGAUGCUGAAAAUUGUUGUUUUUUCGUGGGGGUGAGAUUUGAUUUCGUUUACUCUGUUGUAGCCAUAAUUGUUUGUCGGUUUUAUUAUUGGCUUAGUCGGUAUUCUGUUGAAGAUCCUGCGAUUUUCUAGUUUCUGUAUCUUUAAAUUUACCCCUUGUUGUGCAUUCCUUUCUGUCAUAGUACCUGGUCUAUGUUUCAUCACUUGUGUAUAGAGAAAAAUUUAGAAGUCUGCUAUAUGACUAUAUUUUGGUAUGACAGUACCACUUGCCGUCGGGAUAAUGCAGUAGUAAAACGCAAUUUUUUUUACGGAAUGCUAAAGAAUCAUGUGACAAUGCUAUAAAUUUUUUCUUAAAAACUGUGUAAGUAGUCACUGAGGAAAUACUUCAUUUAGGUAUAACUGACGGCACAAAAAAAUAGAAGCGAUAACUGAUGAUUUUACCAUUUACUAUUGAGAAUACGUGCUAACUAAGAUAUAAUUUGUUGUAUGUUGGUGAAAAAUAGCCAGGAAUGGUCCAAAAGCGAUAAAUCAUUAUUAUGAAUAUAUCAAGGCUGUUAUAUUUUGUAAGUGAAGAGUAGUUAGAAAUGUCGAAAUGGAAAAAAAAAUAAUUUUUAUCUUGCCAGUUCAACUGAUGUCACUUGCCAUUGAGAGUACAAGCAGACGAUGAUAUAUAUCUCUUGUUGAUGAAAAAAGAAACAUGGCCAUUCCCAAAUACUGUAAAUCAUUUGUAAGAAUAGUUAAACCAAUUAAAUACUUGAAGUAUAAUUGUUAUGGUACUCACAUGACAUAAUUUAAAUUUAUAUCUUUCCAGUAUAACCGAUGUCAGUAGUACUUUCUAUCAAGAACCUGUUUUAACAAAGCACAAUUUUUGUUUGCUUCUUCAAAAAGUAAAUACGACUCAUCCCUCCCUUUGCUCUAAUGAUUGUUAAAACGAUUAUUUCUUGAAAGUGAAGUAGUUGAAAUGAGAGUAUUCAAAUUUACAACUUGUCAUUUGUACUUGGUAGAAAACACAAUGAAAGUUGAUAUAAAAUACAGUAUGAUUACUGUUUACAUUAAUUUCCUUUAACUGACUAAGAUUUGUACUUUUGAGGGUUUACCUUCUUGAUAUUUGCUUCUUUGAGUUUCACAGGCAACUGUUCGCCUUGCACAACUGGAUAGGAUUACAGAACGGCUAUCACGUCAUGUUAUGGAACAUCAUGAAGAAAUGGGUAUGUUUCUUUUCAAUUUAUAUCUUGAAUCAGCUGCCCACCAUUAGAUUGGGAAUGGUUAAGAAGAUGCCUCGUCGCAAAAUUCUCAUCGGAAUUUUUCUUCAAUUUUAUUAUCUAUUUUUUGCUGCUUGUAACAUCUAUCCAUUUUCCAUGUUUAACCUUUAUGGGGGAUAUGUUUGUCAAUCAAGUGUUCUUUUGAUGUCACCUAUCUCGUACUCCGAAUUUGUAACUGACGAAACUUCAGUUCCAGCUGUAAGCUCAAUUUAACCAACCCCACCAAGCAUGCAAAUUUAGAGAGGAAGAAAAGCUAGGAAUAAAUAAAUUGACUUACUAACAUUUUUGUAAUUAAUGUAAUUCUUUCUAUCGGGGAUAUCUCUCUAUCAACUGAAUCAAUAAAUUUUUGUCUCAGUAUACAUGGCUAUCCGUGCAUGGAUAUUUCUCCUGUGAAUGUAUGAAUAAUGAUGCAUGAUUCACAUAUCACAGAAAAAAAUGUACUACUAGGAAACUUGUAGGAACAGAAGCUCCUAAUUUUUCUCAAUUUGAAAACAUCCAUAAGUUCAAGAACUGCCUUAAUCCUGCUUGAAUUCCAUGUGAUGAUAAAUUAUAUGAUUGGCUGUGAGAUAAAUAACACAGAAUAAAACCACGAUCCUAACAAGAGACUUAAGCCAGUGUGACUUUUAUUCUCUUAACGAGUAUCCUUUUAAUUUACAAUUGUAAAGCAGUGCAUCAUUUGAUUUGCACUACAUGAUAUUUUUAUAACAAAUUCGUUAACUGGUUUCUGUGAAGACACUUAACUAUGUCUCAAAGAAAUUAUUGGCGUCUCAAUGAAGAUACUGUUAAAACGGGUCCACUCCCUGGCAUUAGAGAGACACCUGGUGGCAACCUUAUCCUAGGUGGGUCCAUCAAUAUAUUGAAGUCUCUUCACUGGUUAUACGGCCAAUCCCCUCACUGGAAGUAGCUUUUGUAAUGUUUGGCUAAAAGUUGACAGGCUAAGACUUCUGAGUUUUGUAUUCUAGUGAAUAUUAUUUUGAUAGAUACUAGCUUCUGCUUUUUCAUGCCUUAAAUUUCUGUAAUGAGAAUUUCGUUAAGCUGUGAUGUUGAUACUAUUCCCUCAUCAGUUAAGGGGAUGCAGUUGGUGACGGAAUUGGAGCAAGACCUAAAGGUUGCAAAUGUCAUAUGCAUGGUAAGGUUGGCAAGUAAGCAUUGUGACUAAUAAGUUUAUUCGCGUUGUCCCUUUUUAAUCAAUUACUUUUUCUUCUGAAGUGUUAUUUUACUCUGUUUACACGGUUGAGUCUCAGUUGCCAAUGUUAAUCUGUUUUGGCUGUGCGUUAGUAAGUCCCAAUGUAUUCUAUCUACUUCAUCUGCUGAGUUUAACUUGGUAGUGUGUAAGUGAUAGGUUCUAGGCUGCCAAACCGAACAUCAUCAGCUUGGUCCUUAUGAAAAUUAGAGAUGGAGACAGUUGAUGAUUGAGUUCUCACUUUCAGUACUAUAAUUUUAACCAGCCAAUCAAUCUUUUAAGUUAUUUCAUCAGUUUAGUGAUAACUUGGCGCUUGAAUGUACUCUCAGGGAAUCCCAUGAAGUUCUUAUAUGCUAUCAGUGUGAGAUCAUAUGGUUUCAAUAAAUUAGGUGUACCCGGGGUUCAAUAAGCAAAACUACUGUUUUUUUGUUUGCUUCAAACCGAUCACCCAUACUAUAACUGGAAAGGGAAGAAAUCAUGUCCUUUUCUGAGUUGACGCUUUUGACCACGAGACAAUUAGUCUAUGCAUACUCUUAACACCGUUUGAUAGGAUACUAACCAUACUACAGUCACAAGUACACGGUCCAGUGUCAGAACUUCAGAACGACAGAAGAUGCUGUUGACAUUGACCCUCGCGUUGAUCUUUUGAUUGCUAUCGCUCUUAGCACUACUGUAAAAUGAUUCUCGAAUUUAUAUGAAAGAAUUUCCUGUGUCAUGUCCUGCCACAUUACUCUGUAAUGUUCAUCACAUGUUGUUUUUUUUUUUAACAUGACCUUCAAUGAAAGAGUCAUUGGCUCCUGUUUUCAUAAUAUUUUUUUCUUUUUCAUCGUUGUUUCUCUAGACUUGGACAAAAUUUGCUGAAUUUUAUGGAUGCCUUCGCUUCAGUCUGUGUAAUGCUUUUCUUGAAUUGAAGGUUCUCAAAACCCUUUUGUACUAAUGAUUGAAUUGAAUCUCUAGUAAACCUUUUGAGUGCCAACGAUCUUCCCGUAACUUGAGUUUUCUGCUAUUCCCUAUCUAAUAGGUAGUGACAUAUUUAUGUAGUCUCCAUCUUUGUAAGCAAAAGAUUCUCGAAUCCUCAAAUGGUUUUUUCUCUCCUUGCAUUUAGAUUGUAAAAGAUUUGGCAUCUGGUAUGUGAUUGGUCGAUUGUGUCUGAAAAGUUGAAUGUAAACAUCUAUCUCCUUCUAGGAGCUAGUCGUUCCAGUGAAAAGACCACUUUCCAUGCUGUCCUUUCAUACCAUUCCGUUUGCUGGCAAUAUAAGUAGCGUGGUACCAUGGUAGUGGAGCUCAGCUUCCAUGUAGGCAUGUAGCUUUGGUUGGAGUCAUUUAAUAACAUGUUGAAUAUGAUUCAAUUGUUCAUUUUAUCUUCUGCAGGCAUUAAUCUUUGGAUAGGAAAACUGAUGAUAGAUUGCCAUCCUUGUUUACUAGGUGUCAUCCUCAAGUGUGUUCUGUCAUGACAGGUUGAUUAGGUUUGUCACCUAUUCAAUCUACUGGAUUGUUGUCAUCUUGUUAUUAAAUAAAAAACUUCAGGGGAAAGGAAUAUAAUGGGAACACAGUGAUCAUUGGCGUUGUUAUGAGCCUGUAAUGUUAGUUAAAUACUUUUAUUUUGUGGCAGAUGUUGAAGCUAGUUUUCCUGUGUUUUUGUGCAGUGAACUUGAUUUCUUACUUUUAUUUUAUUUACUUAGAGGAAACACCAUUGUUUAGGCUUUAUUCUUUGGUUGUGUGUCAAUUUGUACAAAGCUCCGUUUCACAAUCAUGUAGACUAAUUUUUCAGAAUGGGAGAAGGCAUAUAACAUCUUCAAUGCAUGAGGCUUCCCAAGAUCUUGUUGUAAAUGCUAAUGCAAAGAAAAAACGGGUCCUUCUGGUGAGUUUUAUUUUUUGACUCUUCUACUUAGGUUUUCUGUAGUGUGCAUUUUAAUUCAUCUUUGGCUAGUACCACUAAGUCGUAGACAUGGAUUAUCUCUGGAUCUACUAAAACUGGAUUGAUCUUACUCCAAUAUUGAGUUACCAGCCUAUUGACAAAAAAUGUCUUAGCCACUACACUGACUCGAAUUGAUCAUGCUUUCGGAGGUAAGAGUGUUUAUGGUUGCUUUGCAGGACAUGCUUCCAGUUCUUUCAGAACUUCGUCGUGCAUUGGACAUGCAACUGGAACUUGAAACUCUUGUUGAAGAAGGAAACUACUUCAAGGUUUUUUGAUUUUCUUCUGUUUCGGCCCGUUAAGUCUGUUUUUCUAAGGUUGUAGAUUAAAAUUUUCCAUGGUGAUGUUAUAAUGUCCAUCUAUGAAUGUUGUAUUCAGGCAUUUCAAGUUUUAUCAGAAUAUCUGCAAGUUCUUGAUUAUUUCUCAGGGUUGACAGCAGUACAAGAAAUGAGCCGUGGAGUAGAGGUGAAUUUAUUUGUCAUGUUAAAUGAUUUGCCAUUUUUUUUCAUUAGUAGGCCUGUCUCUCUACAGACAGUCUUAUAUGAACGUUAUGCGUGCCAACAAUAGGUUGCUAUAUGAUAUUUGUAAAUUGUUUCUUGAGUAUUUGACACAUACUUUGUAACUGUUGUUUUUCUUUUUUCUUAGCUGUUGCUAAAUAAUAGACUUAAACUUUUUGCAUUAAUUUAAUUGCCACCCAGGCUUGGCUAUCCAGGACACUUCACAGGCUAGAUUCACUCUUACUUGGAGUAUGCCAGAGUUUCAAUCAGGAGACAUACUUAACGGUCAGUAUCUCCAUUUUUGGGUUACACCAAAGGGGAAGAGUUGUUUCUUUUCAAGAUAGUUCAUCUUGUGUGAAUUGGCUUUGUUUACCUAAUGUGACAUGAUGCUUGAGCAGCCGAGAAGAAGCCUGCUGAUGUUUUAAUUUUUAUUUUUUUCUAUGCGAACUUGUCCUUGAUGCCCUAUAAUAUCUAUGGAUAAUUUGAUUAUUAUUUUUUGUAUCUUAAGGGAUUUAUGAGAGCUGCACACUCCAAGUUGGGUAUCCUUUAUUUAUCAUCAGUAUAACUCUUAUUGCUCCUUUAUAUAGUUCUAUACACGAACCUCUUCAGCUUUCACCUACCUGAUGUGAUCAAAUUAACCUCUCAAUCGUUCUGGAGGUCUUCCAAUAAUUUUACUCAAGAUAUCCUAGUAAUAGUGCUCUACCACUAGGCAGCAUAAUCCGGCUUCCUGACUUUGACUAGUCUCAAUAACUUCCUGUAAAGUUAUGCAUCUAUGACUUGAUUCCAAUAGUGGGAACAUGGCAUGUUUCUGCCAUCUUUCAGUCACCAGUUCCUUUUAAUGUAUUUUUACAUUGAGCUUUGAGAUUCGCUUAUAUUUUUUCUUCAGAAACAGUCUGAAGUUCUUAAUGCAUUUAUGCAACUUCAAAGUUUUUUAGUCUGCUCUUGUAUUUCAUUUUAAUGGUGCUUUGUAGUCACCGUUUUUGAUAACUUGGCUAUGUUCUCUUCUUCUGGUAGAUGAUAUAGGUUUGAAGAUUUCGGACAAGUUGGCAAUCUAGAUGUGAGCUCAGCUAAAGAGCAUAUGACUGCUUCCUUCUACAACAUUAUAUAUUUUAGAAAGAAAAAUUCAGAUGUCUAUUUUCUACUGUUAAUCGUCUAUGAGAGUACUUUAUAAUUCUGCAUUUUCCUUCUCUUUCUUCUUCCUUCGCUCCCACCUAACACCAGUGAUCUUCAAGUCUGGCUCUCCCAUGAUCUUCCUUCGAGAGUAGUCAUCAUGCUAGACAUGUCUCGAUCCAGAUGUCCUCAUCACAGAGUGUUCAGUCAAAGGUCAAUAUGUCCAUACCCACAAAUCGGCUGAGUUGCUCUGAUUGUUGUUGUUUUUCUUUUCAAAUUAGCGUUAGGGAUCAGUUCCUCUUCCCCUUUCUAAAUCGGACUGUUUUGUGCAGAUUCGAACCGUCAUGUUUCUGACACUUACUGCUGAUCCAUAAAUCAUCUCCCCUUUAUCCCCAACAUCCAUUUUAAGUGUAUGCCCGAGUAUUAGUACGACCGGCCACAAAUUCUUCCUUUCCAUGGUUCACUAAUGCUAAUCUUUCUGUGAAUGUUCUUUGUAAACUUGAAGGUCGUUUCCAAAUUCCGAAUAUUCUACGACCUGCGUCUCUCAAUAUGUUAAUGCAAAGAGUACAAAUAUACUUUAUUUGUAGAUGCUCUCACCUUUCAUAUUAAACUUAUAUGAAUUCUUUGAGGUUAGUCUUCAAAUAGUACUCCACUACGCAGUUCUCUUCUACUUCUCUCUGUGAUUUAAGCUCUAGUAAACUCCUGACGAUCUUCUUUCCUCUUCGUUGUCCCUUUCUGAAAGUUUUAGGUCUGUGUUUUCCUAGUCUGCCGCAAGUAUUUUUGUGGUGACUUUGUAAGUUCCUUAAACAACAUAAACCAGGCUGCAUCUAAUACUUGCCGCUCUUUCCUCGCCAUUGUUUUUGGUUUUAGCUUGGCUUUCUUCUACUGCUCUGAUUGCAGUUAUGGAAACCCUGAAUCCUGCUAUGCUUUUUAUGAUUAGACACAUAAAUGUCUUCCAUCUGAAUUUCCCUUGGGAUGGAUAAUCUUUCCAUAUCUCUAAUGUUUUCCUGGUCAGUAUCAGAUUCAUUUUCAAGGACUCCAGUUAGUAUCAGAAUAUGACUUGCAUCUUGGGUUUCAAGCUACAUGUGUUCAAAUUUUCUUACAAAAAGGAUGAUUCAACGUUGUGUUGCUUUUAAAGUUUAUUUAAUAAGAACCUUGGGUCAUUUAGCCCUUUGUCUUGUAUGUUUUGGAUUCAAUAUAAAAAGAUAUUUACAAUGCUGUAAAGUAUCUGAAGCAAUUAGUCAGCCAUUAAGUAACAUGCAUAUAUAUGUAUAUAUAGAUUAAAGUUUGGAAUUUAGUCAUAUCACAAGGUUCAUCAAAUCAUAAUUUUUCAUGUGUUAAAGCUCAGAUUUAGUUAAAAAUGCUAUGGAUAAAUUCUUGCAGGUUCUCGAUGCUUAUGCAUUGAUAGGGGACACUUCUGGACUUGCGGAAAAAAUACAGAGCUUCUUCAUGCAGGAAGUUCUCUCAGAAACUCAUACUGUACUGAAGGGUAUUAUUCAAGAGGUACUUUCUUUUCUAAGAAGUGUACUUGAAGAUGUUUUUGACAUUUGAACUUGGGUAUCGCACCCAUGUUUUAAACCUGAUGGAAGAUUUUUUUUACUCAUAUUUAUACUUGAAAAUUAGCACGACGAUAUUUAUCUGAAUCUGGAAGGCCCUUCAGCACACCUUUUGUAUGGAUCUCUACUUGACGUUCUUUCAUCUUUGUAUAAAGUUCCUGUUCCAUUUAAAAUUUUGUUCCUAAUUACUUAUUUAGGAACAUUGUUGCCUUCAGUCGGCACUUAUAAUAUCCAACCUCAGAAAAAAAAACUCUUACAACACUUUUCUGUUGCAGAGAGAUUGGAUUCAAUACUUAGAUAAUUUUCAUUCAACACACUUUUGCCUUGUUUUGAUGUGUGUGUGUGGGACGGUAAACAAAUAUUUUCAAUCUGGUCCAAGUCUCUUUUUGAUGACAAACAGGAUGUUUUUCUAGGAUUCGUCUUUAAUAUUCUUUCAGCAGGAUGCUUUGCUAGGUUUCUAUGGUAUCAUGCUGUUUGCAACACGAGUUGACAUUGAUAGAGCUUGAAACAACACAUUAGACAAACAGUGACCAUAGCUGCUUCUAGGAGGAGAGGAGAGGAGAGAUGUUAUUUGGAAAAAAUCUCCCAUUAGAGAACUUUUAUUGAAAUUGGGCAGGAAAUGUGACAAUAUAACUGUUAUUGACGGAUAAAUUUUUCGAAGGAUAAACAAAAUUCCAGCCGGAAGCUAGUUAGCUGGUUUGGUUUUCACGUCCCUCGACAUCCUCACAAUUUUUGCUGUGAUAAGAUUUUUUUUGGUAGCUAGAUAUUAGGAUUUUAAUCGUUAAUAGCUGCCUUAAUAGACUGUGAACGAAGGUUGAAUGUACCACCAGAGAUCUGAGUUGUAACCCUGUACCUACCCCACCUGUUCUUGGUUUUCUCCGCUGCAACUUUAAAUCUACUUUUCUUUCAAAACAUUACUUUUUUUGUCAUGUCACCUGUUUGGGAUUGUUACUCGUGACAAGUUGCCACCGUUGUGUUUUCUUUUAAAGAGAGAUUUCCAAAUUGAUUGCAAAGGACUUAAUCCUUCUUCCUCUCAGUUGUCUCAAAUACUUUUACGGCAAAUAUGUUUUUCCUGUAAGGAGUUAAGCUCUGAUAUGAUUGAUUUUUUGGCAGGAUAUUGGGAUGGAUGCCAAGAGAACCAGGUGCAUUUUUUACCUUUUAUUUUUAUUUGUAAGUUCUAGUUUUUUUUCUUAAAUUAAUUAGGUUAUUGAGUUGAUACUUGGCGGCAGACUCCUAACCUCUUCGUUGUAAAUGGAUAUUUAUAAUGUCCAGGACCGUGUUCAAUUUAUGUUAUGGUUUUCCCUGUCAAUUAAAAUACACUAUUUUCAGAAAAUCGAGAUAAAUAGUGCAAUGUAAGAGUAUGCUCUUUGGUGAGAUUAUCGUAAUCAUUCAGAUCCACCAAGUUCACGUGUUCUAAAAAUCUGUGUAAAUAAAUUUAAUAUAAAAACAUGAAUUUUCUUUUCAUGUUCCAUGAGGGCUUCAUUGAUACUGUGUCCAUAGUUUCUGAUUUAACUGAUGAUGUCCUUGCUAUGUACCAUUUUCCCAUGUGGUUUCUCUUUAACUUCGUAUCUCAACUGUUCAAAACUGAAUAUUGACAUUUACCAUUUGCAGUAGUGUACAUUCUUUCUCCUUGGCGUCAAGGAAUUAUCUGUCUGCAUAGAUGAUGAAGUUAAAGAAUAUGCCAUGGUAACAGAUUACUGUAAAAGUAAUUCGGAGGACUCCUGCAAUGUAGUGCAUAAUAUUUUACCUGUCCAGCUACAAAUUUCAACCGGCAUUUCUGGAAAUUGCCACUUUUCUACUCAGCCAUCCACUCCUAAGCUGUACUUCAGCAGCUAUCAAUUCCUUUAAGAUAAAUAUGACCACUCCACUGGAUCUAGCUAUUCUAUGAAAUUAUUUGUCUCACUGCUGGACUCAUUGUCACAUUUCACUAAUUGAAAAAUUAAAAAAUAAAUAAUGAUAUUUAUUGGACGAAUAACCUUGGUUGGAUAAUCUAAUACUUGGUCAAUAUUUUCAAUUUACUACUCAUGUUUUUACAGUGGAUUCUGAGAUCUGGUGGUUUUUUCUUUUCAUGCAAUCGUCUGGGAUAUUUUGGAAAGUCAGAAAUAAGUUCAAUUUUAAAAGAAAGGCUCCUCAGCUGUUAGACAUAGUCAAAAGUGAAUGAGACCCGUAUAGUCAGAAAGGGAUGGAAUCUGCGGAUGUUGAGUCACUAGCGGUUGAAAUUACUGGUAGUACGACAUUACUGAUGUACAAAGGUUUUUUGAAAGUCUAAGGAUUGUAGAUACUCUCUUUUAAUUAUUUUGAUGACUAUUUGGUACUCGAUUUCAAAAUUAGAAAAAGUGAUCUGACACGUCAUCAGUGUCUAGAUUGACAAUCUGUAUAUGAUAAAAUCAUGUCCAACAAAUCCUCUUUACAAAACCUAGAAGAUGAGGUUGUGUUGAUGUUUUCUCUCUCUCUCUCUCUCUCUCUCUCUCUCUCUCUCUCUCUCUCUCUCUCUCUCUCGCCAAAUAUAUACAUGUAUAUACAUAGAUAUAUCGCCAAUCCUUCAAUCUACAAUUGUACAUCGGAGCCGACACACUGGAAUCUCCAAAUGUUCCCAACCACAAUCACGCUACUAGAUAAGGUUUAAGUCAUGUCCAGAAUCAUUUCAGGUUAUAAAUUGAAUUGUCCUGAGAUUGGUGGAGUCCGGGAAGAUCUGUCCUAUCCGACAUAUCUAACCCUAUCUGGUUGGUUCGGCCAGUUUACAGCAAUAUUUCUACUAUCAAUGGAAAGCUGUGGAAGCUCUACAGAUGGUAGAUGACGGAAUAGGGAAGGCCAGUGGUCCGCGAAGAAAAAAGAAAUGUUUCCUACUUGUGGCUUGCCUCAUUGAAUACCGAAAACUGUAACCUAAAUGCUAUGCUCAAUUUCCCAAGGAAUGGGAUUGAACACUGCGCCAGCUGGUUAGGGGUUUUGACAAAUUACAGUUUAUAUUCAAGCCUUAACUGUCACUUUGACCUUAUUUCUGCUCUCUUUGUCAAUAGGUAUAAUUUAUAAACUCGGAAGUAUAACUCUAAUUUUUUAAGCUCUUUUUUUUCAUACGAAUCUCUUCUCUCUGGUUGAUCAAUUUGGCUCACCAUAUCUCCAUUUGAUUUGGACUAAGGCUAGCCUACCCAGCUACCUGAUUCAAUGCCAGUGCUAUGGAAAUGUCUGUGGUACCAUGGAAAGAUCAACUAUUAAUCUGUCAUACUUCAUAAUUGGUGACUGUCAUUAGUUUCCAACUUUCAGUUACUAUCUUUACUUCAAUUAAACUCUGUUUUCUUCUCUAUGUGUUGAAAAAUGUCAGUUUUCUACCUUUAUCUCGAUUUAUCAUCAUCAUUUUAAUUGUCAUCUUUACAGACUUACCUAUAGUGACAUCUGCAUGAAGAUACCGGAAUCAAAGUUCAAUCAGUGCAUGCUAAGCACUCUGGAUACUCUAUUUAGGUUGAUGUGUUCAUACUAUCGAAUCAUGAGCUUUCACCUAGAAAUGGAUGUAAGUAUGACUUUCAAUUAUUGUGGCAUAAUGAGUUUUUGUGAGACUUUUUCAUGCUUCUGAGUUUUUAAAAUCUUAAAAUCGACAAUAAUUUUUGGGAACUAUGGGUACCGUUUAGAAUUCGCCGGUAAAUUGGCUAUUUGCACGGGUCAUUGGGUUAAUUACUGUGUAUUUAACCUUGAUGAAACUCGUACAGUUUUAAAACAAUUAAAUUGUCAUAAUGGACAUACCACGUGCAUUGCUUUAUAAUUAAGAUAUCAAUUUUUUCAAGGCUCUGCCAUUACAUCUUAGUGUUGAGAAUUGAUCUUGAUUGAGAUUCUUGCAACUUGGAGAAUGAAAGGAGUUGAUCUUCACGAUCCUCCUCUUCAAGGAAGAUGAAUCAGUAACCACUUCUUGGAUCAGAGUUUCCGUAAUCCCAAAAUCUUACAGCAAUUAUCUUGGUUUCCCGCUUAAGUACGGGUUACAUGGGUUAAUGGGCCAGGCCCAUUACAUUAGACUUUAAGUGGAUCCGUUGACAGUCUAAUGGAUCCACUUAAAAUAGGGAAUGACAGAGAAGGACAAAAAAAGUGUAAAGAAACAGAUAGAAAGGAAAAACAAUCCUAGAGAGUUCAACACCCCCUCUCAAGUUGGGUAUGGAUGUUUUCCAUGCCCAACUUGGAUACCAUCCUUUGAAAUACUGGUCUUGUGAGUCCCUUUGUGAAUAUGUCAGCAACCUGUUCUGAUGUCCCAAAAUAUAUCAGAUCUACAUCUCCUUUUUCCACUUUUUCUUUGAUAAAAUAUCUAUCAACUUCAAUAUGCUUAGUCCUGUCAUGUUGUACAGGAUUUCGAGCAAUAGCUAUUGCUGACUUGUUGUCACAAAACAAUUUCAUAUGAUUUGAUUGGUUGACUCUCAAUUCGUCCAGCAGACCUCGAAUCCAUAAGCCUUAACAUAUCCCUUGGGCCAAUGCCCUGAAUUCUGCUUCAGCACUAGAUCGUGCAACUACUUGUUGCUUCUUGCUUCUCCAAGUCACAAGAUUUCCUUAAACAAAUGUACAAUAGCCUGAUGCUAAUCUGCGACCUAUAACAGACCCUGCAUAAUCAGCAUCAGUGUAGAUUUCAACAUAUUGAUUCCCUCAUUUGAGUAGAAUGCCCUGUCCUGUUGUUAUUUUUGAAUAGAUUUCAUAUGCUGCCUGUAGGUGUAUCUCCCUUGGAUCAUUCAUAUGCUGACUGAGUACAUUCACUGCAAAUGUUAUCUGGACGGGUAUGAUUUAGAUAUAUCAACCUCCCAAUCAACCGUUGAUAUGAGCUUUUGUCCACCUGAUCAGAUUCUUUACCUUCUCCCAAACUUAGGUUAGGAUCAAUUGGAGUGUCAGCAGGUUUACACUCCAAUUUUCCAGUCUCCUGAAGUAAAUCAAGAAUAUACUUGUGUUGUGAAAGGAAUACACCUUUUGAAUAUGCAACCUCAAUUCUCAAGAAAUAUUUUAACCUUCCUAGGGAUUUGAUAUCAAAUUCCCUAGAUAGAUUUUGGCCAAGGCAUUUAAUCUCCUCAAUAUCAUCUCCUGUUAUGAUGAUAUCAUCUACACACACAAUUAAGACUGUAACCUUGUUUUGGUACCAUGUUGAGAAUUGAUCUUGAUUGAGAUUCUUGCAACUUGGAGAAUGAAAGGAGUUGAUCCUCACGAUCCUUCUCUUCCAGGAAGAUGAAUCAGUCACCACUUCUUGGAUCAGAGUUUUCGUCAUCCCAGAAUCCUACAUCAAUUAUCUUGGUUUCCCGCUUAAGUACGGGUUACAUGGGUUAAUGGGCCCGGCCCAUUACAUUAGACUUUAAGUGGAUCCGUUAACAGUCUAAUGGAUCCACUUAACAUAGGAAUGACAGAGAAGACUAAAAAAACAGUGUAAAGAAACAGAUAGAAAGGAAAAACAAUCCUAGAGAGUUCAACACUUAGUAAAAUUAAAACUGUCAUGUUCUUAUCUGUCAGAAGCUGUGCUAUAUUUCCUCUGACAGCAGAAAUAUUAUGGGUUCAUCUUUUGGAGCAAGAUUUUUUGAAAAAAUAAAUACCCUGAUGUGCCUGCAAUAAUUCUCUGGACGUGGUUUUAAUAACUAGUGCUUCCGAAGUGAUUUAGUAUUUAUUGCUGAGUACGAGACGGGGAGCGAGGUUGUUAUUAAAUUAUCAAUCACUGUGAUCUAAAGGAUUCUCAAGCAAAUUAUGUGCAAUGGCUCAGGGAAAUCCCUCGCGCAUUGCAUGCUUUCUUAGCGUUUCUAACUAAUGUUAUUUUUAUGAGAUGUUCUGGCUAUUUUGCUCCAUAAAAGUCUAACAGGGCUUAUACUUUCUUCUCUGUUAACGUUUUUUACAGAUGUCAGAUGCUCCAUCCAAGAGCAUAGAGCUUGGACCAAAUUAUUCUUCGGAAAGUCCAGUCUUUCUGUCCAGUUGUACAUCAAGAGAUUCAGGUGCAUCGAACAAGGAGGGUGAUCCUCUUUCUGGUUCUGCAUAUCAAACACAGUUAUCACGUUUGCCAGGGGAAUCUAAUGCCGCAAGUACUUCCUCUAGUUGUGAUGCUACUGAACAAUUUGGGAGAACUUUCAGUGAUUCUCGUAAAUCAGUUGAUGGAGAAAAUGAUGUAAAUAUCGCAUCAAGCCGUAGUUCACCGUUUUAUUGGUUAAGAAGGGAUUCUGCUGCAUUUGUUUCUCAAAUUCUAGAUAGAGGGAGGAAGAAUCUUUGGCAGCUUACAACAAGUCGAGUAUCUGUUUUACUUUCAUGUCCAGUAGUUUGUUCUACUAGCAUACACCAUUUCCUUAGAAACUAUGAAGAUUUAAAAGUUUUCAUUUUGGCUGGGGAAGCCUUUUGUGGCAUGGAGGCUGUUGAAUUCAGGCAGAAGCUAAAGAUUGCUUGUGAAAGUUAUCUUGCUACCUUCCACAGACAAAAUAUAUGCGUAAGGGCGAUCUUCCUUAUCUUAUAUUUUUCCUCUAUUAAUUGUACUUGUUCUGCAGUGCGAAAUUUUCAUUGGGUCAGGAAUCAGUUCAACUGUUGGCAAUAUUUGAUUCCAUUCCGUUACAUUUGAGACUACCUCUGAAUAAACGUUACGGGAAACAUCAUACCCUCUGCUAAACAUUUUGUUUUGUUCAUCAUGUUCAUCAUGUUCGUCUGUUGGUUUUGAUUCCAUUCUGUACGGUUCUCAUGUUCAUCAUAUCCUUAAGUAUAGAAAUCUGUUGAAUCUAAAACGUUUUUUCUUGUGGUUUACUGUUCCAUAGUCCUCAAUUUUUUUGAAACGUUGUGGUCUUAGUGUAUAUCAUGAUUUUCCAUGACACCAAUUCUCAUUGUAUGUUAUAUGCUAUGUCUGGGUGAGUUGCGCUUGGACUUUUUUCAAACGGAAUGUUUUAUGAUAAGAGGAUUUGCAUAUAAUUUUUUUUGACUCGAGGCUGGUUCGGUCAGAAAUAUCAUGACUCACAGCUGCAUUAGUAUUAUGACUUUUAGGACCUCCGCACAAUAAUGUGUGGGCCUACCCUGCUUUAAUGCGUUGUUGAGACUUUUUCCUUUCCGUGUUCUCUAUCUGGUUUGAUUGCAACAAUAUUUGGUGUGAUUCAAUCUGCUCCAGUGAAAUGACAUCAAAAUAGUAUGGGUUCAACUCCCUUCCAGAUAGUAUUUGUCUGCUCAUGAAGAUCAACAAAUCAAUGCACGGAUAUUCCAAAUAUUGUUCAAUUAUCAUUCCCUUUAUAUUGGUUGAUAUUUUUGUGAUCUCCCAUAAAUUCUCAUCUUUAUCUUGGAUAGUUUUGAUGGGAAACACUUUUGAGUUUCUUCUAUCCAAGAGGUAGUCCGUUUUGAGGGCCAUAGAGAGAACUGGUUUGCUGUAAGAUGAUAAAAGAUUGGGCGACUAAACCGGUUUAUCCGUAAUAGUGGCUUACUCAAUCAGUUUUUUUGUAAUAUCAUGCUAUAUUCAGUGAUAAAAAGUACGCAAUUUAUCCAUGCCACCUGAAAUUAAUUUCAGAAAUGAAAAUAGACUUAGUCAGUUACCUUUUGUAUGGUUCAAUGUGCGCCUCUAUAAAUCAGUCAUGUUUCCCAUGUCUUACACUCUGUACCCAAGUUUUUUGAACAUAUGAUGAAGAGGAGAGCUCAUUCUCAAACAUCCACCCAAAAAACUUUUACACCAGAACCCGAAGUUUUAAAGAGAUAGCCACCGAUUUCCAUAAGAUAACAAGAUAAGAAUAUUUGAAAAUGACAAAACCUUAAUGCAAGUUUUAGAUAUGGGAAUCUACUGUCUAAUGUUCUGGGAGAGAGAAAAAAGCUGGAGCAUCUGAUGGGAAUUUCUGAUCCCCCUUUUCGGUCAUCUGAUAGCUCUGUGUUCGAAGACCGACUGCUAAAAAGUCCAGGAUUGGAGUGGUAGGACUGAGAAACAUUGCUUGAUCAAGAAAAGACUGCUGAUAAUUAUGUAACUCUUAAUUAUCAAGGGUUUGAGUUCUCACAACCUUUCCAUGUAUUCCAAUUGAGACAUAUCAGACAUAUAUUCUAAAGGGUCCAAAAGUCUUUCAUAAAUGUCCUGUUGUUUAGUCUUUUUAGGAGGGAUAAAACAAAUAUGGGCUUCCAGUUACGUCAUUACCCAAACGAAAAAAACAAAUAAAUUAACAACUGGAACUGAACACAUCAGAUUUUGUACAGAUUGGAUACACUGAAUUUUGGUAUCAAAUUAAUGAUUGCUCUCAUUCCUGAUAAAAACCUAAAAGGACAAAUUAUCCACCUUAUGAAAUCUGCAUGAUUAGAUGCCAAACCCCUUUACUAUUUCAACAUUCAUUUUCCCCCAAUGUUCCGCGGAAGACGAACUUUUUUCAUGGCCUAAAAUUGUGUGGAUUCAUGAUUACUACGGAAACAAAUAUAGGAUGAUGAUCUUGUCUCGACAGUCCUCUCAAAAUAGAUAUUUAUCCAAAAAUGUAACCUUGAAAAUAUUACUAGAAAGAUAUAAGAGGACCUGGAGAGAUGUAAUCUUCUUUAAUGAUUCUCUUACUCUGUGUCGUGUAAAGAUGAAAAAAUGGGUUCUUCUUUCCUUGUGUUUUGUAUUUAUAAACAAGAAGACAAUUUGAAAUGUUGUUCAUGUCUGGUGUACAUCUUGUAGUAACCCUCAUGCCCUACCAAGAGUAUGAUCGAUUGUUCCUAUGUCACUAGUCUAAUCUUUUUGUAAUAUUUGCUACGAUGCCAUCUGUGCUCAUGUUGUAACCCAAUAACAUACUGUUUUCGGUCUCUACGAUGAAUUCGUUGUUCUUCAUGCUUCGUGUGAACAAAAAAAAUCACAACGUUAUUUAACAUCAUUCUUUUUACCAGGCUCUCCGAAUGGUUUUAGAGAAGGAGUCAUGGACCAAAAUAUCAUCCGAGUCACUGCAAACUAUUAGUUUGGCUGGCCUUGUGGGUGAUGGUGCUCCUAUAAUUGCUCCUAAUCCCCUCUCUGCUCCAGUUCAUUCUAGGAGCACUUCUGAUCAACAUACCAGUGUCCACCGAAAGAAUGGAUUUUCCCGUUGGCUUGAAAUCCCGAAUCCUUUUUUUACGAAAAUGGCAUCCAAUUCAAAGGAAUCCUUGAGUGUUCCCAUCUUGACGAAUGAUUCGUCAAGCUCCUGUUUGAAUGAUGGAAAUAGUCAAGCUAUGAAAAACAGUAAUUUGAUCCAAGUCAAUGAAAAUAAUUCCACAUUGGAUGAUGAAAACGAAGAUCUGUUGGCCGACUUUAUUGAUGAGGACAGUCAGCUGCCAAGUCGAAUAUCUAAACCGGUGCACGUGAGGAACAGAUCUGCAAGUUGGAAGGAUGAGGAGAUAAGUGCACAAACAGGAUCAUCGAUUUGCCUUCUGAGGUAAGAGUUACAAAAGUUAGAUCCCUGGAUUCUUGAGUAUAGUUUUUGCAUUUAUUCGUAUAUCACAUAUUCUGAUUCUCAUGUGCAUCAGGUUGAUGGACAAGUAUGCGAGACUCAUGCAAAAGUUAGAAGUAGUCAAUAUUGAAUUCUUCAAGGUUGGUGGCAUUGGUUGGAGUGAAGAUAUGCUUCAUAAGACUAAUCUUUUCCUAUCAUUUUUUUGUGGAAUGUCAAUGCUUAGUCUUCCUUUCUCUCCAAUUCUUUGUUUCUUAUUAUCAAUUUUUUUUCAGGGGAUUUGUCAGCUCUUUGGUGUUUUUUUCUAUUUUAUAUAUGAAACUUUUGGACAGCUUGAUAUACAUUCCGGUGCCAAAGUCGUAACUGAUUCCUGUAAGGGUUCUGUAUAACCGUUAAGACAAUCCCCUUUUAUGUUCAAUUUGUUUUCCAUUGGUUUGUUGUUAUGUCUGUAUAUGACUUUUUUUACCUUUUAUAUCCAGAUCGCCUUAAACUUGCCUUGUCUAGAAUAACACAAGACUAUGAUCAAUGGACAAAACAACAACCUACAGCAAGUUCUCCCUCAAGUGCUUCAUACGCAAAAAUGGAUGUGACACCAACAAUUCCUGCUAGCACUAUUUUUGGACAUCCACCUAAUACUUCAUUAGGACUCAAGGUAAACUGUAUACCAGAGAAAGUUUAUCAGUGUCUUGGUAUUUUCUCAUAUUUUCAUGUUUUGUUUUUUCUUGGAGUAAACAUUAUACGAUAUUUACACAAUGGGUCAGGCUAGUCUGGAAGCCCAGCCUGCACCAGCUUUUCUGGGCCCGGGCAAAGGACAAAAGUCCGGAAAAUCUGGCCUUGCCUCGGCCUAAAAAAGCUUUGCUGGAUCUCUGGAGUGGAAAUCUAAGAGGUCUGACUGGUUACCAGCUCCCUCCUUUUGCCUGUCUGCUCACCAUAUGGUAGCCCCUUGCUAAGGUCGUUAAUCAGGUCAGCCCUGGGCUUGAGAAAUUUUCGUAUGUCCUGGUCUUGUUUCUCAGGCUUUUCUCCAUGGAUACCAGAACUGUCAAUGUGGCAAAUGGCUGCUGUGUGGUGGGCUAAUAGGGAUCUGCAGGCCUGGGUUGUUGACACCCCUAGUAUCCACACGGGAAGUGUCCAGCCUGGACUUUUACUAAGCCUAGCCAAGUGAAAAUACGAAGUGAGAACGUUUCAUGAUUAGAAUACGAAGUACAUUUAGAAUAUAAGCACAAAAAAUUAGAUUGAGAAGUUCAGAUAUUCCGGAGACUAUGGCGGAUGACAUGACUGAGUGGCUAGUUUGCCUCAUUUAUUCCUUUUUGGGAUGGAGAUUGUAAAUCCGUCCUCGUUCUGGUAGGUCAAUGAAAGCAACUCUCAAAAGACUUUCAGAUUUGAUGGAUUAAGAUUAGGUCAAUGCUGAUUGCGUUUUAGAUGGAUAUGUUGUGUUUUUGCCACGUUUUAUUGAAGACUUGUUUUCUUUCCAGCCAGUGUAUUCUCAUGCAAGUGAAAAUUUAUUCUUUUCCAGCCAAUGGUUUACAAUGGCUUUUCUGUUUCAUUUGUGCCGGGAAAAAUAUGUCAAAGAUGUGUCUUUCUGUUUUCUCCAGUGAAAUUCUCUUAAACAGGAAGCUGGUGAUGAAGUGGUCAGAUGGUAGUUUACUGCCUUUGAUGAUUAGCUUUUUACUGCAGCUGUGGAUGAAAUGGAGAACUUAAAGCUGUGUUGGAGAGUGAUGAUGAGACUUGUCUGCCGUUAUUUGGUCUAAAGAGUGUGGAUGUCUGCCCUUUCUUUUUGACUUUAUUCUUGUCAUCUAGUAUUGGUAGGACUAACUAUUAACCCCGGAUCACUUGAUGGGUUGUCUCUGAUCUUUGGAUUUUCAAGGGAAAGAACAUUUCCUCUCGUAUGGAUCACUUGUGAUUGACCAACUUAGUUAUCAUCUCUUGUGCGCUCAUUGUAAUUGUUUUUAUGUUCUUUCAAUAUAUUGAUAGCUCACGCUUGACAUUUAUCUUUACAGUUGUAUUUGUGCUGUCAUAGGAAAGAUGUGCGGCUGUGGAGAGUAUAGCUCUUGUUGCUCGCGUUUUGCACAGAUCUAAACCUCAUCUACAGUCAAUGCUUCUGCAAAAUAAUGCGGCUGUAAUUGAAGACUUCUUUGACAAUUUGGUGUGUUUGCUUGAUUCUUAUGUCAUUGUGCUUAAAUGAUUCCUAAGAUUUUUCUUCACUUCAAAAGAUUAGUUCUAUUCCAAUAGAAUUCAUCUUUCCUCUCUCAUUUGUGCGUCGUAUAAUGGCAUAAUUCUUGGUUGCAGCUUUCCUUCAAUUGAAUAUGAUGUAAGGCAUUUAUAUGAUUUCUUUUCUAGGUGGAUUCUGUUUCAGAUCUCACAGAACACGCUCACAAGACAACUGCAAGGCUGUUUCUGCAUAUCAAUGGGUUUGUAUAUCACAUAUGUAUUUCGUGGAUGUUCGGAUGCUUAUUCAUGUCCUUGCAUUGUUUUUCUCUCUGGAAGAAAGAUGUAUUAUUCUAUGAUUUAUUGCUGGGUUACAUUAUCUAAGAAAUCCUGGAUUCUUGGUAGUUUUUCAAAAAUUAUGAGCUUCUUCUAUUCUGUAGAGUUUUAAUAUAAGAAAACUAUUGCUUUUUUGGGAACUUUAAACAUUUGAUGCCAAUUAAAUUGUCCUCGACCUUGUAAGCACACGUUUAUCACUCAAUUUUUCCUCCAAACAGCAGAGUUAUGCUGUAUGAAUUAUAGCGUUCCUUAAGUGGAACUUGUACUAGAUGGAUGCCCUAAAUUGGCAUUAGUACCCUGUGAAAAUUUGUGAUUUGAAACUCAAAUAAAUUUUAUGUAACUUCAACGAAUUCGAAUAGGCCCAAAGUUUAGGAAUUUAGAGAUGUUGACAUCUGGGACCGGUUUGAGGUUUGUAAUCUCAGAACUUACAGCUUUAAUUACACUAAUGCAAUGUAUUUUUUGAUGCUGUGACAGUUUCACCGUUGCAAAACAAAAUGAGGGGUAUACUCGGUAAUGGUCUAUUGCAACUUCGAUUGAAAGAGAAAUAAGUGGUUAAGGAAAUUUGGCUAAUCAGGAGAGAUAGGCUUAAUUUCUCUUAGCCAGAGAUGAUGAAGGCGUCAGUGGUGGAGUUAGACGGCAAGGUGGCAUCAAACUUGGAGAAGAUACAAAGUUUGCAGGAUCACCCUUCCAGAACCCUAAAGGUGGUAAACCUAAAGAUGCGUAUGGAAUUGGCUGGGAGCUCUGUAAAUGCUUGUGACCAACUUUGGUUGUCAACGAUAGGAUGGAAGAUUGAAUCCGUAUGCCAGCAUGAUAAUUGGAAGUCAUUUUAAAGUUUUUAAAAGAGAGAAAUAGGAAUUUUUUCAGGAACGAGUUGCGAAAAAGUGAGUUGGGAUGUUCUUUUCAGAGAUUCAUCACUCAGGAUAUUAUGAGGGAGAAUGGUAGAAUGAUUUAGGAUCUGUAUUUUACUUUCAAGUUUCCCUACUCUAGGGGAUAGUGCCAACUAAAAUUCCUCGGAAUGUCUGUGGGACUAAGAUAGGGUCGUCCCUUUUUCCCCUAGUAUACUGUCUUAUUGGUGCAUUCAAGUUUUACUCUGAGAGCCCAUUCCAAUCCCUUUCACCUCCUCACAUUCACGCAAAAUAAGGAUAUCAGGUACCGGCAAUUCCAAGAGUUUUUUUAUGCUUCAGGGGUAGGUCAAGUGUCAGUGGUGUCUCCUCUUUCCCGGGUUCAUGAUAUUCAGAAAGAAAGAAGAAUGCGUUUCCAUUGCCUAAACGAAAUGAUCUGUGGGAGUGAAUAGCAGUAGAUUAAUGUUUCUGAAAUAGCAGCUGCUAGGACGCGGUCUUUCAGACAGUUACCACUGUAGAGGUAAAUAACCCAUAACUAACCCCUCUGAUUAGUUGCUAUUUCAUAGUUAUAUUACUGACACUAGUAUAAGCAAUAUGCUACUUUACUUGCCAUAUGCACUGUGUUGUCAUCUAUGAUACGGUUAGACAGUUGCUAGAACGGUUUAACGGGAAGACUUCAAAAUUUUCUUCCCAAAUAAUAAUUUUAUUCCCAGCUCAUACAAGAGUUCUGUCAGUGAAUGUCACCAGCUUUCCUGAAUCCCUUUAUUCUUAUUAAAAUCUACCGACAUAUUACGAACAGUGUUAAGCAGCUUAUUGUUUUUAGAUCUUAUUCAUUGUACAACGGUUUACUUGUGAAGAAUCUUUUCAGGUAUGCUGAUAGGGUCGCUAAUACAAAAUGGGAUGUGAAGGAUCUUGGGAUAGAUCACAAUGGGUAUGCGCCCUAAUGAUUUCAGCAUCGAUCUUAUUCUUAGUUUUAAUAUCCUUGGCAGUUUACUUGUUUUAUGUCCUUUUAUGCUCCUCGGGUGAUACUCUUUCUCAGCCACAGGACGCGAUAUUAUGUAAAAAUGUGGACGGGAUGAAUAGGAUUUUCUUUUCUAAAUCUACCUGUUACCAUGUACAUUGUUGAGGCAAAUUCAUGGCCUCAUGAUUUUGAACGCUGGUUGGGAAUUCGUGGAUUGAUAAAUCGAACAUUGAUUUCGAAUCAGCCAUCUAUAAUCCGACGGCCUUGAUUGAGAUUGGCUGAUAGAAUUUGAUCUUGAAAAGCUGGGCUGUGUCCAUUACUUUGAUUAUAUUUUCCCGUUUUUAAACUCUCCCUGAUGCCGUUAUCCUCUUUUAGGAAAGAGUUGAACUGUGUUGUUACUGAGAAGUGCAUGCAUGAAGGUGUGAAUUCAUUGCAUAUCGCCUAACAAUGAGACCAAUGAAUUAAACACUUUAUCAUUAUUAAUAGGUACGUUGACUUAUUGCUCGGAGAAUUCAAGCAUUUCAAGACAAGGUUGGAGCAUGGAAGCAUUAACAAGGAGGUAAAAGCUUUCUGGUCAAAAUUAUUUUUUAAAAAACAAGUUGAGAGUUUACGGUCCAAACCUUCAGGUAUAACAUUGGGGUAUAGUACUCAUCUUACGGCCCAAGAGAGAAAAAUAGAGUUGUUGGGUAGAGAGAGAGAGAGAGAGAGAUGUGGGGUUUUUCCUUGCCACUGGCCAUCCCCGUGUUGAAUUUGAAUUUUGAAACAGUAAAAUAUGAUUGGUUCAUAUAGUUUUUUUGAAUUGAACUCACAAUUGAUGUAUUAUCAGAAUGGAGUUCAUACAGAUGUUGAAUCUCCCAUUAGUAUGUCGAGUUACAGUGACUAAUUUUGAUUCUUUUGGCAUUGCAGAUCCAAGAUCGACUCCUAGAAUAUGGACUUGAAAAUAUUGCGGAAGUUCUCGUCGAAGGUCUCUCACGUGUGAAGAGAUGCAGUGACGAGGGACGGGCGCUGAUGUCCUUGGAUCUCCAGGUGAGUAUACGUCCAUUCAAUCGCGAAUUCGGGUUAAGAACCCUUUUCAAUAAAUUCUUUAAAAGGAAAAACCCAAGCAACACUGUCCCCUUUGUGUCAGGUUCUAAUCAACGGUCUGCAACACUUCGCCUCUGCAAAUGUGAGACAGAAGUUUCAGACUGUGGAAACCUUCAUCAAGGUAGUCAGAUCUUCUCUUGUGAUUUUCGCUGUGCUUGCUGGUAGCGCAAACUUGUCUGAUCAUUCUACAUAUUCACAAGAUUGUGCUACUGUUUCUAACGGUCAAAACCCCUGUGAUUAUGUGAACCUACCUUUUCAUUAACCACCCGUUCCUCUCUGUACGCAUGAACAGGCAUACUAUCUUCCAGAAACAGAAUACGUCUACUGGGCGCGUUCUCAUCCCGUGAGCAUCUGAGCCCCUCCUGUGGAGCUUCAUUCCUGCGCCGGUUGAUCUCUACGCUGACUGCUUGUCUUUGUUGUCUGUAGGAAUACAGCAAGAGUCAAAUUGUAGGGCUGGUCAACCUCGUUUCCUCCGCGAAGAACUGGAAAAGGAAGACAAGGUUGGAGGUGUUGGAGAGGAUCGAGUCCGGCACGUAG